GGCACAAUAGUUUGGGAUGGGCGGUUCAAUGAUAUGACCUCGAGCGCAGACCUCGAAAAGUGGUCGUUCUCCAACCCAGUCGGUGCUUACCAGUACUACAUUCACGGCUCAGGUGCAGUUGACAAAUACGUCAAACUCGAUUCCGCGUACAAAAACCCCACCGACACUGGCUCGAAGCAGGGUGUCAAGAUUACCAUUGAUGAUACAGCCAGAUGGAAUGGUCAGAGCAUGUUGAGGACCGAGCUCAUCCCUCAGACCAAAGCCGCCAUCAACAAGGGCACAGUCUUCUACCACUUCUCGGUCAAGACAUCUACCGAGAACGUCCCAACUGCGACCAACGAGCAUCAGAUCGCCUUCUUCGAGAGCCACUUCACUGAGCUCAAGUACGGCGGUCAGGGCACCAGCAACACCAAGCUGCAGUGGCACGUGGGCGGCGUGUCCAAGUGGGACGUUGAACUGGUUGCAGACGAAUGGCACAACGUCGCGUACGAGAUCGAUUUCGCUGCUGGCUCGGUUACUUUCUGGCACUCGACUGGCAGCAGCCCCUUGACCAAGACUGCCGGUCCUUUCACCGCCACCACUUCGUCCAACGGUGCUGAUUGGCAUCUUGGCGUUCUCCGCCUGCCUGGUAGUACCAGCGCCGAGGACUGGUUCUUCAGCGGCGUGUAUGUUGAGAACGGCGACAUUACGACCUCGGUCAACAGCCCUGGAGGUUCGGGUGAUGCCGAUAAGCCUGCCGCUUCUUCGACUGUUGCUGCCGCCGCCUCUUCCACGGCCGUUGUUGCCGCCUCCUCCACUGUUGUUGCUGCUAUCUCUUCCGCUGCCGCCUCCUCUUCUACAGCUGCGACUGUAGUCGAGACCUCUGUUGCAUCCUCAACUGCUGCGGCUGUAGUGACGCCGGUUGUUUCGUCCACUCCUGUGGCCUCGUCCGCUGAUGCCGUCUCCUCCGCUGCCGCUCCCUCAUCCACUGCUGCUGCCUCAUCCACUGCUGUCGCCGCUCCGACCGCUUCAGCAGGAGCUGGCUCAGGCUCCGACGCUGUUCUACCCGAAGAAUUCACGAUCAAGCAGUUCGUUGCUUGGCUCAGGGCAAAACAGGGCAAAAACUGA